GUGCGAAACGUCUUUCCAUGAGAGACUGCCACAUUGUCGAACCUGAAGCUUCGGCUCGAGGAUCACUAUUGCCUUCGUGAGAUAGAGCAUCCGAGUGUCGAGUGCCGGGAGCUGGUUCUGUAAAUUCAGCCUGUGAUCCAAAUACGAUGGUGACUAUUUCGGAUCCUGGCCGGACCUUCAGUUCCGUCACGUUUGGUGAAGCAGCAGCCGCGCUCGCUGCACUUGCAGUUACUGCACUCGUGAUAUGGAAAUGGACGAGAAAAGGAGAGAAGGUUCCUCCAGGAAGCCUGGCACGUUCAUCUUUCUUGGGAGGUGCUGACAGCUUCCUCAGCGCGUACUAUCACAACGAGACUCGCGCUUGGUAUGAGAAAAAGGUUAAAAAGUAUGGACCCAUUUUCAAGGCCAGCGUCAUGGGUCGCACGACCGUUUUUAUGGAUGCACCGGAAGGAAAUAAAAUCGUUUUCAAUAGCGGCAGUGACGAGAAACUACUCAAAGGUUUCUGGCCACCUUCAAUUGCCCCGAUGUUCGGUAGACAUGCACUUGCUGCAAAAACUGGCAAGGCGUAUGAGGUGCACAGGUCUCACUUGCUGAACAACUUCUUAGGGGCGGAGUCGGUUCACAAGUACGCAAGUGUCAUGAAUCAGAAGGCCGUCAGGAUUAUAAAGGAGCACUGGAUGAGCAAAGAAGAUAACUCCGUGGUGCAUGCUUUUAAGUUGUUGCAUGUGUUCUCUUUUGAAGUGAUAGCCCAACUCUGCAUUGGACUGACUGAUCCGGUUGUCUUGGAGACGAUGAGAGAUGAUUUCUUCACAUUCGGCAAGGGCAUGUACAUGACGCCAAUCAAACUACCUGGAUUCGGAUUUUAUGAGUCGUGGCUGGCCAGGCAGCGAAUAAUAAAGUUUCUCGCAGGACAUGUGGCCAGAAGGAGAGAGGACCUCAAAGAAGGACGUGCUACUGCAGAUCAAGAUCUUUUGUCAAUCUUACUGACCAGACCGGAUAUUGAUGGGCAUUUUUUCGACGACGAAGAGAUUCACGAUAGAAUCAUCCAAGUCGUCUAUGCAGGCUUUGACACCAGUCCGUCUACAUUGUCUACCGUGCUGAAGAACAUUGGCCAACGUCCGGAGGUGUACGAGGAGCUAGUCAAAGAACACAUAUCUAUAGCUGCGACGAAGGCUGAGGGCGAAUCCCUCAAUAUGGCGGAUAUCAUGUCAAUGAAGUACUCUUGGAGAGUGGUGGAAGAAAGUUUGCGAUUGACUCCAGGUCUCUUAGCCGUAUUCCGUGAAGCCAACACCGAUUUCAAGUACAAAGGUUUUACGAUACACAAAGGCGACGUGGUUGCUGCAACGUCAAUGAAUUCAAGCUGGAAUGAAGAUCUGUUCGAAAACUGGCAAAAGUUUGACCCAUCUAGGUUCGAACAUAAGGUAUACGGAGACGGCUCCCACUUCAAGUACUUCCCGUUUGGAGGCGGCCAUCGUCUUUGUCCUGGCAAACAGUUCGCGAGGAUGACUAUGAUGAUAUUUCUGCAUCACCUCGUGAGGAAUAUAAAGUGGACCCCAACUAUGCCGGAUGAAAAGGUUGUGUAUUCCUCCUUGCCAGUUUACACACAGGGCUUGCCGCUCAAAAUUACUAAACUCAAUCCUCCGCUAUGGUAGUAGUCGCAAAUCUGUCAGAUAUAUAUAUCUCGGUCUAGAGUAGGCUUUUACAGAAUCCACUUGUACAGUAUAAUGGAUACAUUAGUGCUAUUAUGUCUCGAUUGUCUUAACUACAAAGCUCGUUCCUUCAUAAAUGUAACAAUUCUGAGUUUAUAUAUUCACAUGUACAUACAGC